AUGUUGCUGGACCAUUACGCGACACUUUCACCCGAUACCAGGAAAUGUCUUGUACAGAAUCUCGUAAUGCUCAGGAAUAAAGGUGUUAUUACAUCUAUAGCGCUACUUAGAACCUUGUUCCCGUUGUUACCGCGCACCACCUCGUCUUCACUUCGUGCGCUCAUUCGACGAACAAUACUGUCCGAUGUCCGCACCGCCAAUCUUCGCACAAAGAACCACAAGCUCAAUCGCGCCGUGCAAGCUAUGCUGUUCGGAAUGGUCGAGCGUGGGAUGGACGCGGAAGUGGUGGGCGAUAGAGUCGCCAAGGUCCAAAGUGCCUCCCUGCACUUCUUCCUCGGGGGCGAAGAGGAGCAGGAAGAUAGCGAUGAAGAUGAUGACAAUGAACCUGACGUUAAAGCACUGCAACAUCGCCGAGAGAUCAAUAAGAAGACAAGGAGCGGUGACAAGAAGAUACAAAAGACUAUGAAAUCCGUCAAAUCUAAACAAAAACGGAAGGCUGAAUCAUCAACCACCAACUUCCCGGCCAUCCAGCUACUUAACGACCCUCAGACGUUCGGCGAGAAGCUCUACGACAGCCUGAAUCGCCACGACAAGCGAUUCUCGCUCGAUCACAAAAUUCUCGUCAUGCAGCUCCUUUCUCGCAUCAUGGGCGCGCACAAGCUGUGCAUUCUCGGUUUCUACACCUACCUCAUGAAGUAUCUGACAUACCACCAGCUGCGCAUUCCCGCAAUUUUGGUCGCACUGGCCCAGUCGGUGCACGACUUCACACCGCCUGAUGCCCUCAUGCCAGUUGUGCAAAAGCUUGCCCAAGAAUUUGUGCACCCCGGAGUGGGGAGCGAGGUCAUCGCCGCAGGCCUGAAUGCGAUACGCGAAGUGUGCCGGAGGCAGCCGUGGUCAAUGGAGGAGGGCCUGCUGAGCGACUUAGUAGAGUACAGGAAGAGCAAGGACAAAGCGGUCACCGCAGCUGCGCGAGGUUUGUUGCAACUUUUUCGCGAGGUUAAUCCUGGUCUGCUCAAGAGACGGCAGCGGGGCAAGGAGGCUAGCAUGGGUAUGUCGAGUGGAGCUCAGCCUUUACCCUUCGGGCACACCGCAGUCGCAGCAGCAGAUAUCGAAGGACUUGUGCUUCUGGAAGAACAUCUCGAAAAGUUGCGCCAGGAGAACGGGAAGGACGAUUACCAAGAGGUGGACGACGAAGCAGGAUGGGAUGGAUGGGAUGUCGAGUCCGAUUCCUCUUCAGAGGCAUCUGAUGAUUCAGGAGGUUGGAUUGACGUCGAAUCUGAAGGUGAAGAAGACCUGGAUAUCAGUGACAGCGAAGAUGAAGCAGAUAAAUUGGCCAAAAUCAAGGGAAGAGACGAUGGACACGAGCCAGCACAACAAAUGACUUUCGAGGAGGACGCUGGGACACGGAUAUCUUCCCUCGCGACGACCAAGAUCCUCACGCCGGCCGAUUUUGUCCUGCUCAACGACCUGCGCAUUCAAUCGGCGUCGCAGGCUGUGGAAAGGGGCGGAGGCUCAUCGGCCAAGCGGAAGUUGGCAACACUCGAGUCGAACAAGAAGGGACUCGCCAAGUCUGGAAACGCGGAGGACACUUUCAUCUCGGAGAACGACAUCUUGGGGCCGCGCAAGAAGGCUAAGGCGGACUAUGCAGAGCGCAUCGCGUCAAUAGAGAAAGGGCGUGAAGGCCGCGAGAAGUUCGGCUCGCUGAAGGGGAAGAAGAAGAAGGGCGCGCCAAGCAGCUCGACGAACAGGGAGAAGGCACGCAACAAGCCGCUCAUGAUGGUAAUUGCGAGCGGGGCAGUGCGGAGUAAGAAGAAGGCCUCGCUAAGGGAGAAGCAGCAGAAGUUGCGGGCGCAUAUCGAGAGAGCGAAGAAGGCGUAUCAUUAG